CAUACGUUCAUCAGCAAUGAAAGUUUUAGGAUUGAUCAGUGGCGGCAAGGAUAGCUUCUACAAUCUUAUGCAAUGCGCUGCCAAUGGUCAUCAAAUUAUUGCUCUUGGGAACCUUUACCCUACGCCUCAAGACAAAAGAGAUGAGCUUGAUUCGUACAUGUAUCAGACUGUGGGCCACGAUGUAAUCCAUUUGUAUAAAGACUGUCUUGACUUACCUCUUUAUCGCCAAGAAAUCAAAGGCACGCCAAUCGAACAAAGAUCUGACUACAUUGUUACAGCUGAAGACGAAACAGAGGAUCUGUUUGAAUUGCUAAGUAGAGUCAAAACCGCGCAUCCUGGACUCGAGGCUGUAAGUGUCGGAGCCAUCUUGUCCAAUUAUCAGCGGAUACGCGUUGAAAAUGUAUGUGCACGUCUAGGCCUUGUGACGCUAGCCUAUCUAUGGCAAAGGGACCAAGAAGAACUUCUGCAUGAGAUGGUUGAGGCUGGAGUCAAUGCUAUUUUGAUCAAAAUUGCAGCUAUUGGGCUCAAAAGGCAACAUCUUGGUCAAUCGAUUAAAGAUAUGCUUCCUUACCUCUGCAGAAUGAACCAGGAAUACGAUUUGCAUAUUUGCGGUGAAGGUGGAGAAUACGAAACUGUUACCUUAGAUUGCCCACUAUUCAAGCGCCGAAUCAUUGUGGAUGAGUCUGAGGUCGCCAUUCAUUCGGACGACCACUUUGCUCAAGUCGCUUAUUUGAGAUUCAAAAAGUUACAUGUGGAGGCCAAAUACGAAGAUGACAUGAAUUCUAGUUGGAUAGCAGAUAUGAAUUUGAGGCCUUUGUGGAGUGCUGAUUCUAUUAUGAGGCCUAUCGAAGAUAUUGUGUCUUCGAAGUUGCCGCUCAAGGAUACAUUUACUGAAUCGAAGCGAGCAAGCCAGUGCCCUAAAAAAAGCGAUGUGCCUCAUUCCAUAGGCAUCAAUUGCCGACCCGAUUCUACGGUUCAUCAAAACAAAAUUGUAUAUGCAAUCGGCGGUACAACCGCGUAUGAUAGUCCUUUAUCGAAUGAUAAAGUGUAUUUAAACAUUGCGGAAGAGACAGCUGUCUGUCUUCAGAAUGUACAAGCUAAGCUAGAGCGGAUAGGAUUGUCAUGGGAAGAAGUGGUCUUUAUGCAGGUGUUUGUUUCAAACAUGGGUGAUUUUGGUAUUGUAAAUAGCGUAUACAAGGUCUUUUUCGAUAUCAAUCCCCCUCCACGUGCCUGUGUAGGAGCAAACCUUCCCAGCCCUGUUCGCAUUCAGGUCAGUUGUACAGCAAUCCAUAAGAACGCCACAAGUCCAAAACCGAGACAGACACUGCAUGUACAAGGGAUUUCUUACUGGGCACCCGCGAACAUCGGCCCGUAUUCUCAAGUAACAGAGCAAGCAUACCAUGCAUUCAUCGCUGGACAAAUUGGGAUGAUUCCCAAUACUUUGGAUCUUCCUGCGCCAUCAUCUCUAGUUAAAGAAGUAGCUUGGUCUUUGCGAAACCUUUCACAAAUAGCAGCCCUACGUCAAUUGGACCUUGCUAAUCGGACAGCGCUGUGUAUAGCAUAUGUUAGGCAUGCUGACAAUUUUGUAGCAGUAACAGCAGCUUGGGAGUAUAUUGCAAACAAACAGAUAAAUCCAGCUCCUCUGCUCGUAGUAUGCGUACCAACGCUUCCCAAGGAUGCCCAGGUUGAAUGGCAAGUCGUCCUACAUCAUGGAAAAGUCUACGCUGAAAAGAUCACAAAAGCUGCUACAGGGCCAACAGAAGAAGGUCAAGAUGGAUAUGAAACAGAUGACGACGAUAUGCAUCAACUUGAGAAGAGAGCUUUGCAACCAAGAGCAUUUUCAUUUAAUAUUACAAAUGAUACGCAUUCUCGAUGGCGGACAAGUGUACAAUCAUGGUUUCUGUCUCCAAUAUUGAUGGCACUUUCUACUAUCCAAUUCUCUGACACAUCUUUGUUAACAUCUAAACUGUCGCUGAAUGUCACAAGCGAGCUAACUGAACGUGACUCUCUGAUUAUUGUGGAAAUGAUGAAAACUAUGGUGGGUACGGCUAUUAAGGCAAUGGACAAGGUCUUGAGAGAUCAUCCGACCUCAGCAGUUGACGGACCUGGUAUUGCAGAUGGAUGGGGGGAUGUAGUAGGAAUUACAGUAUAUUACCUUGACAUACUGAUACAUAAGGCCUGUCAAUUUGAAGAGAUUGUAUGUGAGCUACUGUCACAGUAUUUCCCGCUGGUCAUGACACAAACAAACGGAAACAUUGCUAUUACCGUGAUACCUGUUCAGGCUAUUGCAAAUCAUGGUGUUAUUGCGUUGACACUUCAUGCUGUUGGGAGAAUGCCAACAAUUCCAAGUCUUCUCCAAUAAUAAAGAAGCAUGUAUUUGAAGAUUUC